AAGAAGAGAGAGACACGCAUACAAGAGGAUUUAUUUCCUAUUCGUUAGUGGAUUGUUAAACCCGAGUGGGAAGGAGAAAGAAACAAGGGUGGGUUGUUUUAUUUUGUUCAUAAUUUUUUUCUAAAAAAAGAAAAAAAAAAUCCCUUAAGUGGAUUUGCACCAGGGUGGAAGAUAACUGGGGAUUUUUGUUGUUUGUUUUGGGAAUAGAAACUAAAAAAUGGAGACUGUAAGUAGAAGCAGCUUCCAGCCUCAUCCAGGACUGCAGAAGACCUUGGAACAGUUUCAUCUGAGCUCUAUGAGCUCCCUGGGUGGCCCUGCCGCUUUCUCAGCACGAUGGGCACAGGAGAUGUACAAGAAAGACAAUGGCAAAGACCCAGCGGAACCUGUACUGCAUCUGCCCCCUAUCCAGCCUCCUCCGGUAAUGCCUGGUCCCUUCUUCAUGCCCUCGGACAGAUCCACAGAGAGGUGCGAGACCAUCCUGGAAGGGGAAACCAUCUCCUGCUUCGUGGUGGGUGGAGAAAAGCGGCUUUGCUUGCCCCAGAUCCUGAACUCAGUGCUCAGGGACUUCUCCCUGCAGCAGAUUAAUUCGGUGUGCGAUGAGCUACAUAUUUACUGCUCCAGAUGCACAGCUGACCAGCUGGAAAUCCUCAAAGUCAUGGGCAUCCUGCCCUUCUCCGCUCCUUCCUGCGGGCUCAUCACUAAAACUGAUGCUGAGAGGCUUUGUAACGCCUUGCUUUAUGGUGGCACCUAUCCUCCCCACUGCAAGAAGGAAUUCUCUAGCACGAUUGAGCUGGAGCUUACGGAGAAGAGCUUCAAGGUGUACCAUGAGUGCUUUGGGAAGUGUAAGGGACUCUUGGUGCCAGAGCUUUACAGUAACCCCAGCGCAGCCUGCAUCCAGUGCUUGGACUGCAGGCUUAUGUACCCACCUCACAAAUUUGUGGUCCACUCUCACAAAUCUCUGGAAAACAGGACUUGCCACUGGGGCUUUGACUCUGCAAACUGGAGAUCCUAUAUCCUCCUCAGCCAGGAUUACACUGGGAAAGAGGAGAAAGCUAGACUGGGCCAGCUCUUAGAUGAAAUGAAAGAAAAAUUUGACUAUAACAACAAAUACAAGAGGAAAGCCCCCAGGGUAA